AUGACUCACUUCACCCCUUAUGUCAUCCCCUCACCUCCCCAGACGCCAGUCUACGUCAAGGACCACCUCGACGUCCUGAGCAUGGACAUGGACCCGCUUAAUCUGUGGGAGAAAGACACCGCCCGUGUCGUCUACGAGGAAGAGGUAGCGGGUCACGUAACCGGCGCGUUUGCCGACGCAACUGUGCCUGGUCACGUGAUUUCCUCCUGCCGGGCUCCGUUCUGCGGCAGCCCCUGCUCUGUGUGUACAGAGUGCUGUUGUGACGUGUGCAGUCACGACAUUGAUGGGGUUCCUCGUGACAGAGGCAGUGUAGCUGGUGACGGCCACACGAGCUCUGUUACCUGCGACCCCGGCCCCGGGUCGGCCCCGGGUGCACACUCGUGGGAAGAUGUGGACGUGGAACCGCUCAACCUUGCGCUCGCUAACACGUGCGGCAAGGCGUCGGUGGCGUUUGCGCUUCCCUCGGGCUGCGACGCGUCGUCCUAUGACUCGGACGACGAGUCGCUUAUGGACUCGAUCAUGCUGGACAGCUCCCACGAGACCUACACGCCUUCCAACUUCUUGGGCAUGCCCCGGGACGCUGAGAAGAUGGGUAGCGAUCAGGUUCACAGUGUGCAUUUUGGCGAGGCGACCUUUGUGUCGCCCAAGCGAAGUGCGCACGAGAAUCUGGAAAAGAUUUCGAUGGGGUUGUCCAGGCUGCAAAUGUGCUGA